GGUGAUAAGAAAAACGUGGCAAAGACCCAGUUACUCUCUCAUUCCCUACAAACCCAAAAUCUCUCUCCUUCCUCCAUCUUCUCUCUUCUUCCAAAUCUUUCAACACCCAAAACAAAAAGCCAUGGCUUCACCAACGCUGCUCACUCCCACCUCUCAACCCAAACCACUCCCUCCUAUCAAGCCCAAAUCAACAACAACAACCUCCUCCACACUCACUGCCAAGUUAUCAACCACCAGCGCCGGCACAACAACCGUUGCCCCACAAUGCAGGCGCCGGCAAUUGCUAUCCCUUGUGGCUGUGACUCUUUCUCCAUCAUGGCUCUUUCCAAUUAGGCCGGCAAUGGCUGCAUCCGACGAAGAGUAUGUGAAAGAGUCAGAGGAAGUGAUCAACAAGGUCAGAACCACCAUUAAAAUGGACAAGACCGAUCCCAAUGUGGCUAACGCCGUGGCUGAGCUCAGAGACACAUCGAAUUCUUGGGUCGCUAAGUAUCGGAGAGAGAAAGCUUUGCUGGGCCGGGCUUCUUUCAGGGAUAUUUACUCGGCCCUCAAUGCUGUUUCGGGCCAUUAUAUCAGUUUUGGGCCUACGGCUCCCAUACCAGCGAAGCGAAAGGCUCGGAUCUUGGAAGAGGUAGACACUGCAGAAAAAGCCCUUGCAAGGGGUAGAUAAAGAAAACCAAAAAAACAAAAAAAAAAAAAUUAAGGAACACAAAUUACCCAAGGGAUGCAAAAAUUUUCUCAUUCUGUUUAUGAGCUGCUUUUUUUUUUCCUUUUUUUCUUUUUUUUUUUUUUUAAAUUUUAAACUAAUUUAAUAUUUAAUUUAUAUUAUGUUGACUUUGAGGUCAUAGCAGAUUUUUAGUGAUGAAUUAGUGGGGGGUUUUUUUUCAUUCUCAUGAAAACCCUGCUUGAGUAUGUGUAUGAGAAUUGAAAACCAGCUACUAUGUAUGUAUUAUAUGCAUAUUCUCAAAUUAUAAUACAUAUUACUGCAUAUCUCUCUGCAUUGUUAA